GGGGCGGGGGAGGAGGGCCGGGGCAGGGAAGAUGGCGGCGGCGGAACGGAGUCGAUCCCCGAUGGGGGGCUCCCCGGUACCGGCCUGCAUGUUCGCCCCGGAGCCCGGAUCUCCGGGUGGCGGGCCUCGUGUAGCGGCGGCCGCCUGUCCCCUCCGCUCCGCUUUCGACGCCGAGGACGGCGAAGCGCUCAACGGCGAGCCCGAGAUCGACCUCACCAGUAAGCUGGUGAUGGUGAGUCCAACUUCAGAGCAGUAUGACAGUUUGCUUCGUCAGAUGUCAGAGAGGAUUGAUGAGGGAUGCGGAGAGACCAUCUAUGUCAUUGGUCAAGGAUCAGAUGGGACUGAAUAUGGUCUGAGCGAGGCAGACAUGGAAGCAUCCUAUGCCACGUUGAAGAGCAUGGCAGAGCAGAUCGAGGCAGAUGUGAUUCUCCUGCGGGAGCACCAGGAGGCAGGGGGCAAGGUGCGCGACUACCUCGUUCGGAAACGCGUUGGUGACAACGACUUCCUGGAGGUCAGGGUAGCAGUGGUUGGCAAUGUGGAUGCAGGAAAGAGCACUCUGCUGGGUGUCCUGACACAUGGUGAACUCGACAAUGGCCGAGGCUUUGCUCGGCAAAAGCUUUUCCGCCAUAAGCAUGAGAUUGAGUCAGGCCGCACCAGCAGUGUGGGCAAUGACAUCCUUGGCUUUGACAGCGAGGGUAACGUGGUGAACAAGCCUGACAGCCACGGUGGCAGCUUGGAAUGGACAAAGAUCUGUGAGAAAUCCACCAAGGUCAUUACUUUCAUUGACCUAGCUGGUCAUGAAAAGUACCUGAAAACUACCGUCUUCGGCAUGACUGGCCAUCUACCUGACUUCUGCAUGCUUAUGGUUGGCAGUAAUGCUGGGAUUGUUGGAAUGACCAAGGAGCACUUGGGCCUGGCUCUUGCACUUAACGUUCCUGUCUUUGUUGUCGUGACCAAGAUUGACAUGUGCCCUGCCAACAUCCUACAAGAAACCCUGAAGCUGUUACAGCGACUGCUGAAGUCCCCAGGGUGCAGGAAGAUUCCCGUGCUGGUUCAGAGCAAGGACGAUGUCAUUGUAACAGCCUCCAACUUCAGCUCAGAGAGGAUGUGCCCGAUUUUCCAGAUUUCGAAUGUCACUGGGGAGAACCUAGAUUUGCUGAAGAUGUUUCUUAAUCUCUUGUCUCCACGGACCAGUUACAGGGAAGAAGAGCCAGCAGAAUUCCAGAUAGAUGAUACUUACUCUGUCCCGGGUGUAGGAACAGUUGUGUCUGGGACGACACUGAGAGGCCUCAUCAAGCUAAAUGACACCCUGCUGCUGGGGCCAGAUCCCCUUGGCAACUUCCUACCUAUUGCUGUCAAGUCCAUCCACCGCAAGAGAAUGCCGGUCAAAGAAGUGCGGGGAGGCCAGACUGCUUCCUUUGCUUUGAAAAAGAUCAAGCGUUCUUCCAUCCGGAAAGGCAUGGUAAUGGUGUCACCCCGCCUGAAUCCACAAGCAUCGUGGGAGUUUGAGGCAGAGAUUCUGGUGCUCCAUCACCCCACCACCAUCAGCCCACGAUAUCAGGCCAUGGUGCAUUGUGGCAGCAUCCGUCAGACAGCCACGAUUCUCAGCAUGGACAAGGACUGCCUACGGACAGGGGACAAAGCCACGGUGCACUUCCGCUUCAUCAAAACCCCGGAAUAUUUGCAUAUAGACCAGCGUCUGGUCUUCCGUGAAGGCCGCACCAAAGCUGUGGGCACCAUCACUAAGUUACUCCAGACCACCAAUAACUCGCCGAUGAACUCCAAGCCACAGCAGAUCAAGAUGCAGUCAACCAAGAAGGGAGCCAUUACAAAACGAGAGGAUGGUGUUCCCCAAGCUGGGAUGGCAGCUGGAGGCCCACCAGCUGGGGAUGAGGCCCCCUCAACAGCAGCAGUGCCACUGACACCUACUGCCCUGCAACCAUUGUCAAAAGUCGGAGGAGGAGGCCGGCGACGUGGGGGUCAGCGCCAUAAAGUGAAGUCUCAGGGAGCCUGUGUGACUCCUGCCAGUGGCUGCUGAAUUUCUUACUCCACCUCCCUCUGAGGAAUUCCUUCCCUUCAUUUCUUAUCCAAAAGAUCCAGAGCAGCUUAAACCAAAACCCAUCCCAGCUGAUUGGCUGCAGAAGAAUCAUCCCUCCUCCCUGAAGGAAGCGAUGGAGAGGAGCAUAAUUUAUAAGCUAAUGAAGGUGAUAAGACACACAGAACUGAGUAACUGACACCUUCCUCCUCCCCCUGUCGACACAUUUUUGUACAUCAUGGGCUUAGUUUUUAUUCUUAUUAGUUUUUAUUAUAUUUUGUGUGCAUGAAGAUGAGAGUCUGGAUAGAACUGCGAAGAGCCAGUUAGCUGCCUCCCUCCUCCCUCACCCCAUUCUGUCCACAGGACUUGCUGCUCUCCUCCUGUUUGCUGUCUCGAAUCCAGAGGUUUAUCAAACGCCUGAAACUUCAGACUUGCGAAGGUUAAAAACACGUUGCUUAGGAUGGCUCCAUAGGGCAUUGUUUCCUCACCACUUUGGCCCCGUGUCAAAUAUGUUUCUGGUUCCCCUUCAUCUCAAAUUAUGUCUAAGUAGGUUUCAUUUAAUGUUGUGGUGACUGAAGUUGGACAGAGAUGGCAAGGAAGUCCAUUAAUUGGAGAUCUAAGAUGGAAACAAACUGGAAAACAGUUCUUGAUGCUAAUCUGAGGGAUCUUAUACUAAAUAUCCUUGUCAAAGACAUUGAUGGCACUUAAGAUUUUAAUCAGAGGCAGAAUUAAAUGGGCAGUCAUUUGCCCAUCCUGUUCCCCUUCCCAUCAUGCUGCUUUUCCCCCUGUUUGUGCAGUGCACAUUGGAGCAAAUUGAACCUGCCCCUCCAGGCUGCUGCAGCUCAACUGACAGUAUUAGGAAUAUAGUGCAGGAACACUUGGUCCAUCCCUUGAGCCAGAGAAAGCCUUCUCACCUUGAUGGACAGAGACAACUUUGGGCAAACGUUGCCUCCCCUUGAUUUUGUUUUACUCUGUGAUUUCCUAAAACGUUUCUCUGGAAUUCACGAGCCAAACUUUGCCUUGGCAGAGGUAGGAUUUGUCUUCUCCCCUCUUGGCCAAAGAGGGCAGUGAUGAAUUGGUACCAAACCACAGAAGUGCUUUCAGAUUUGGAAGCACAUGGUAAUUUUUUUUCUUUUUUUAAGAUUGUAUUUUUAUAUUUUUUAAUGACAAAUUCUGGCUUCUUUGGGAAGAACCUGCCAGGAUGGUCUAUAAAUUAACUUGAUUGUUAUCAUGUUUCUCAACCCUGGGUUGUGGAAGUGAUCUGUUCCCUAUUCUUUUGAGCUCUUUUCUAACUCUGCCUCUUCACAUGGCUCCCAUGAGAAGAGGAGUUAUCCUCUGCCAGCUUGUGGGUAGCAGUAGGAGCAUUUCAUGGGAGGAGGUGGCAUCCUCAGCAAGUUGUGACUUUCCCCAGCAGGUGCGAUCAGCCUCAGUUUCUUGAGGGCUUCCUCCUCCAAUGAAGGACUUUUGAUUUUUAGUUUAGAGGGAGACCGAAAAGUUUCUGUCUCUUAGUGGGUUGUUUCUGGCUCCAUGGCCCCUGUGUGGGGAGUUAAUUCCAGUUCACCUUGUGACUUGAGAGAGGCUUUCCACGCUGACUGACUGACAGUGGGCUCAGGGGAGGAGAGCACAUCUCCCGAUGCCAGCACCAGCACUCCAAGAGCGUCAAGUGGCGUGGGAGAGGUGAGGAAAUGGGGUUUGGAGAUGAGGGUACUUUGCCUUAGAGACUGCAGUGGCCUGAAGGUGGAAGCAAGGAGGUCAGACAGUCCUUUCCAAGCUAUGUGCCUAAAUACCAGCACUCUCCUGGCGAGGGAGGAACUAUAGGCAGCUACAACACUAAUAGCACCCGCAUUGUGAGGGGGUGUGAAGUGUGGCUAAACAGGGCACGAGGGCCUUAGUUGGUUGUCUUCUGGCCCUGAAGCAGCAUCAAACUGCAUCUGAUUUCACUGCUCUCUGCUUCCAAGGGGAGCAGGGAACUCCAGGCGGUUUUCUCUUUCUCCAUUCCUUGUGCUCCUAGAUGAAGGAGACUGCUGAGACUGGAAGAGGGUUUACUUCAGUUUGUGCAAAGGAGGUGGUGUGAUCUCUCUUUUGUGACCAGCAUUCAAAGAUCACUCAGGCUGGUGUGAUCUAUAAAAUAAAUUUUAAAAAAGUUUGUUCCAAGUUAAA